AUGCUUGAAGAAAAGGCCCUUGAUGAAAACUUGAAAACUUAUAUCGCUGAGCAAACGCCGAGGAGAGUGAAAGUAUACCUAUUGGAAGGUGAAGAUUGGCUUGAUAACGGUACCGGAUACUGUAUUGGAGAGAUAGAAGAAGAUUCACAUAAACCAUGUUUUGUGGUAAAAAAUGAAGCCAAGUCUGACGAAAUAAUUCUUAAAUCAACAUUAGAAGGCAACAUACAGUAUCAGAGGCAACAGGAGACUUUAAUAGUGUGGACAGAUUUGUCUGGUAAGGAUUUAGCAUUGUCAUUUCAAGAGACAGAAGGGUGCGCUGAGUUAUGCGAAUUUAUUAUAAGAAUCCAACAAGGAAACUACAGCCCCAACAUAUCGUUAUACUACGUUGUACCGAAUUUGUCUGACGGCGAUGAUAUUACUGAACUAAUAACAGGACCAGUAACAUAUCCAGAUGACCUUGAAAUAGACAAUAUAGAAUCGUUGCAAGAGAUUAUUAAUCAAGGUCUAAAUUCACAAUUCACAAGAAGUUGCCUACUGAGAUUUAUUGUUAAUGAGCUGUACUUUCUUCAGAUUAUUAAAGUUUUUAACGAGGCCGAAAGAGAAAAGAAAUUGGGAGCAUUAUAUAUGUUGAGCGAUAUUACGAAAUCAUUAGUCCUUUAUAAUGAUUCAGCAUUCAUUGAAGAUAUAUUGUCAUCGGAAGAAAAGUUAAUGGGCUUGCUGGGCAUUUUAGAAUAUGAUAAUGAAUAUCCUAACUUUAAAGCCUGUAACAGAAUGGCUUUGAAGUCGAAAAGCUUUAAGACUGUUAUUCCAGUGGAUCGCAUAUCAGUUUUUGAAAGAGACUUUCAUCUAAAUUUUUUAAAGGAUGUCGUUUUCGCGAGGUUCUUGGAUGACCAAACAUUCAACUUCAUUUCUUCUCUAAUAUACAUGAACCAGGUGGAAAUUAUCAAUUACGUGAAAGACCCUAAAAUUCUUAAGAUGUUAUUCAAAAUCUAUGAUGGGGGUGAUAUAAAUUUAAAACGAGAUGGAGUGAGAAUGCUACACCAGUACGUUUUAAUUGCCAAAUCUUUGCAAACAUUCCAAAAACUCGAUUUUUUCUCUCUUUUGGUCAAGAAUGGUCUUUUCAAUAUGAUUACCUUUGCAUUAAUGGAUCUGGAAAAUAUAAUCAGAGUGUUGGGAACAGAACUAAUUGUGAUCAUUAUUGAGCAUGAUGUAUCUUUAGUAAAUUCGGUUGAUAAUGAGGAACCCAUCGAAAUUCCCCAGCCUCCUUGUGGUGCUGCAAUUGAUGAUGAAAGUGAUGUUCAAAUGCUGGGGAAUUUCAAUUUCAAAUUAUCGAAUGAUAUGACUUUAGUUUCAGUUUUGACGAAAUUAUUGUUAGGUGACAAAAAUCCAAGUUUAAAGGGUCAGGCGUUUGAGGCGCUAAAAACAUUGCUAAGCUCUAGAAUAGUGUCGAAUUCUCAUUCUCCUAGCAGUGAUUUUGAAAAUGAGGUAAAUAAGGGAGAAGAUAACUCGAACACUUCAGAAGAUUCCGAUGACAUUACUACGACUAACUAUUUCAAAGCAUUUUAUAGGAAAGUUGCUCCAGAGCUUUUCAACGGCAUAAUAAAUUUAGCGGAUUCACAUAAAGACAAUAUUCAAGGUAAGAUAAAAGAUGACCAAUUGUUAUAUCAGCAUUUGUGCGAUUUAAUAACUUUCUGCUGUAAGGAACACGAUACACAGAUGUCUCAACCUUUCUUCAUCGAUAAUAACAUUAUAUUAGGGGUUGCUAGACUCAUGAAUCCAGCUUUCAGGGUUACAGUUAAUUUAAGUGCCUUAAGAUGCCUAAAGAGCAUAGUGAUAUUGAACGAUAAUAUCUACUCCCAGUAUAUCAUAAACAACGAUAUUUUAAAAUAUUUUUUCGACUUUUUCGAAUCGAUUGUUGAUGAAGAUAAUUUACCCAAUUCAGCAUGCUUGGAUUUCAUUGAAAAUAUAAUCUAUAGUUGUGAUGUUAAUAUUUCAAAGAGGCAUAAUUAUAAAUUAUUAGCAACCAAUAUUUAUAAGAAUUACAAGGAGUUUUGCGACCUGAAAAUUAGCUACGUUAAAACAGGAAAGUCUUUAAUAAGACUUGUUGAGAAUGGGUUUUAUGAAAACGCCAAUAAUAGCUCAACGAAGAAUGAUACCAGCUUCGAUUCGGAUGAUGACUUUGUAACCCAACAUAAUGCAUCUACCCCUGUUGGAGAAAUUGAAAUUGAGGAUUCCAAUUUUAUGAAUGAAAAAGUGGUGACUUCGCCUAAGCCUGUGAAUUUGUUUGAGCAUAUAGAGAAAGAUAUGGGUCCCCUAUCUACAGAUGAACAGCUAUCAUCUGAGGUACCCAACAUUAAGGGUACCUACGAUAAUGAAGAAGAUGCUAUGAGUGAACAUAACCAAAGGAAGAGACUAGCAUCAGGCUUAAAGAGCAAAUUUUCAAGCGCAAGCAAGAAAAUAGCCUCUAGUUUACGAUAA